AACAGUCAGUGAUCUCUCAUCUCUUUUAAUGUAGGUCUCUGCUGCCAAUGAAACAUCUCAAACUCCCUCUCUGACCUUUUAAUACUCUUUCUGUGACACGUUUCACAUAAAAUCAAAGUUAUUCUGCUGUGAAAUAUAAUUUUUGACAGUAACACUUUCCCAGAAUCUGACUUUAUUUUAUAUUUUUGAUGCAAAAUGCCUUUCAUUGAGCACGUUUCUGACGCAGAUCUGGAGCGCUUGGCUCUGGAGCAGGUCGUCCCGGCGCUGCAGGACUUUGGUUUCUGUUAUUUGGACGGGGUCCUGGGGGAAGUGGCCGGGGGGGCGGUGCUCCAGCAGGUGAUCGAUAUGCACCGGGCCGGGGUGCUGCAGGACGGCCUGCUGGUAGGCUCUGUUCCCGGGGUGCACCGGAGCAGUAUCCGCGGGGAUAAGAUCGCCUGGGUGAGCGGGGCGGAGCGCGGCUGCGAGGCGAUCAACUUCCUGCUCAACAUGAUCGAUAAGAUGAUCUCUGUGUGCGCGAGCCGGCUGGAGAGCAAGAAGAUCCGCGAGAGGUCCAAGGCGAUGGUUGCUGCUGUUACCCUGGAAACGGGGCAGGCAGGUUACGUGAAACACGUUGAUAACCCGAACUCUGACGGCCGCUGCAUCACCUGCAUCUACUACCUCAACAAGGACUGGAGCGCCAAGGAGCACGGAGGCAUCCUCAGGAUCUUUCCGGAGGGGAUGUCCUUCGUGGCCGACAUCGAGCCGCUGUUCGACCGGCUGCUCUUCUUCUGGUCCGACCGCAGGAACCCCCACGAGGUGCAGCCCUCCUUCAAUACCAGGUAA